GCCUCGGGUGGUUGGAGCGCCUCGUUUCGCGCAAAGCGUGCGCUCAAGCGCCGGGUUGCUGGCGCUAACGCCAAGAGCACUGCUCGGCGUGGUCGCCAGCGCACGUUGACGCACACAAAACGCUUUUGCCGGCUGCCCAGCCACACAUACCAGCCCUAGGGGCAGCCAGCAACGAUGAGGCGCAACAACAAGCCCGCCGAGCGCGGCCGCCGCCCGCGGCGGAAGAAGGCGCCGCCGGGCAUGCCGAAUUUGAGGAUGCGUCCUUUACCAGGGCAGCCGGCGAAGCCGCGCGUCAAGAACCACCAGAAGCCGGUCCGCGCUCAAGAGGCGCCGCCCGGGCCCAAGGAGGUCGCCUACCAGCGCAAGGUCGCGGCGGCUAGAGCCGUCGGCUACCGCGAAACUUUACUGAUGCAGCUGAACGCCGUCGUGCUGCACUGGCCGCGUAGAGCGUCGGCGCAACGAUCGGCCGCGGAGGCCGCGCGCUUACUCAAGAACGUCGCUUCGGAACUGAGGACGGCCGGGCUCAGAUGUGUGGAGAAGAUCGUGGCCUGGGUGCUCGUCGAGUCGAAGGACUGCGCGCGGCCGCGGCCGUUCCUCUGGAACGGGCGCGACUACCUCCUCAAGAUGUCGGACGACCUGGACUUCGUGUCGGAAGCCUUGGGCAGUGAGGCGUGGCGGCUGGCUUGUUUCUGUCGCGGGAACCCGUUGCUCUUGACGCGAGACGAGAUCCGGGGCGUGGGCAAGGCCCGAGAUGUUGGUAGAUUACAAGCAGCUUCUGUGGUCAUCCUCGACGUCGUGCGUCGUAAAAAGGCCGACGAGGUCGUCGCGCGGUCCGGACGCAAGCGACGUCAAAUCGAGAAGAUCGAGGACCGCGAGGAGGAUAUUGGAGAGAAGUACAAGAGCGCGCGGACCGGCGAGGCGACGCCGUCAUCGGUGAAGAAAACACCAAUGAGGACGGGCGAGGGUCCGGCGCGCCGCCGCUUGGCCGAGGUCCGGGCGGCGGCCUUGGCCUACGACGAGGAGGUCCAGGCCGCGUCGGUUGCUGAGGAGCCCGCGGCGCCAGUGACGCCGAAGCAGCCGACUCCUAAACAGCCCACACCGCACCAGCCGACGCCAAAAGAACCGACACCUAAGCAGCCGACGCCUCACCAGCCGACGCCGCAACAGCCCACGCCGCAACAGCCAAAAGAACCGACGCCCAAGCCAACACCACUAUUCAAAGUCGGCGACCGCGUCGAAGGCGACUUCGAGGGCCUCGGCGAGUUCUACGCUGGACAAAUUGGAGCAAUGAAUGACGACGGCACCUUCCUUAUCAAGUACGACGACGGCGACGAGGAGGAUAAAGUACCACAAGAUAGACUGAGAAAGAUCACUGCUACGUCACCAGCUUCGCAGAAGACGGUGGCCAUCGCGGAGCCCGACAUCUGGCGGGCGGACGACGACCAUGAAAGUGUCUCGGACGAGCCGACGCAGGCCCCCGGUGGCGACAGCGCGUCCGGUUUGACCAGUUCGCAGGAUUAUGACGACGAUUUCGACGAAGUUGUAACUGCGGAGGGCGCCGCGAAGUAUGUCUUCGAGCCGGGGUUGCUCGGCGAAGGGGCCUACGGUGAGGUGAAACAGGCUCGCCACCGGGAGACGGGCCAGCAGGUCGCCGUCAAAAGGUUGAAAGUUGUGGUCGAGGGCGAAGACGACGACGACGCCGCGCGGUAUGCCGUACAAACCGCAGAGAGGGAACGAGAUGUCUUAUUAUUGUUGGGGCGAGACCACAAGAACGUAGCUUGUUUAGUUGAUUGGUGGCGCGAGGACGUGAAAAUAAAACCACAACAAACAGUAAGUGCACCGGUGCUAUGCUUUGAACUAGCUGGUAGCACGUGCUUGGAAGCGUUGGAAGAGUUAGGUCCCCUACCGAAGGGUCUCUGUGUUGGUUUAACCUCAGACUUGUGUGCGGGCUUAGCGCAUGCCCACUCCUUGGGCAUUGUCCACCGCGACGUCAAGCCUGAGAACGUGCUUUUAUCGAGAGAUGCGACGAAAGACGAUUUACAGCGAUCGUGGGACGAUCCCCAAAGGCCGCAACUGCGGUUGUGCGACUUCGGGGCCGCGCGGAAGCUCGAGGACGUGUCGGGGAAGAGCUGUCUGGACCUGACGCACUAUAUUGGGAGUAGGUGGUACCGAGCGCCGGAGAUGAUGGCCUCCUCGACGAAAUACGGCGUGGCCGUGGACGUCUGGGGCGCGGCGUGCAUCACGGCUGAACUAGCUACGGGCGAACCACUCUUCCCUGGGGACGACGAGCAUGCCGUGUUACGACGGGUGUCAAGAGUACUAGGACCGUUUCCCGAGCAAGUAGGUCAGUACUUGAUGGGUUUGGGCGUGCCCCGAAGAUGCCUGGACGCGGGGCCGGCGCCGGGUCUGAAAGCUUCGCGACGAGGAGCUUUGGUGAAAGCUUUGUCGGAGCCCGUCGUCGACGUUCUUAAAGAUAUGCUCCACUGCGACAGUAACUUGCGACCGUCCGCCUCAGAAUGUGUUAUUAGGUUACAAGCGGCGAUGCGGCCCGCGACGGCCAAGGUCGAGGAGGCGCCGCUGAAGUGCUGGUCGGAAUGCGAGCGACUUAAACAGACGUGGGAGCCCGUCGUACAAGCGGGCGCCACGGCGUUCAAGACAUCUGCGAACCAACCGCAUCGCGCCGUGCCCGACGCGCAGCAGUUGUACGCGGCGGCGGCCGAUGCCUUGGCCGAGGCCGUAUCCGAGAAUAGAGAAGGCGUCUCGGCGUGGCUCCGAGAACUCCUUCUGGGGGAGGACACGCCGCCGGGGGCCGCGAGGUCUGUCAUAAGGUGUUUGCGGUGGUCCGUGGACGCGGCCGUCGUGCCUCGAGUGGCAAGGUGCCGCGACUGGGUGCUAGCCCAACAGCAGCGCGGCGAAUUGACGCUGACGCAAGCCGUGGAUGCGGUCGAGGCCCAAGUCGGGCGGGUCGACGCUACUGGAUCUAAAAGAGCGUCUGCGGCCGCUCAUGCUCUGCAAAGGGCCUACUGUUUACUAGCCGAAGCAUCGGUCGAGAAUCCGCCGAAAGUCCUGCAAGACCUGAGCGAGCCCGAUUCAUCAAACCAGGAGGAGAAGAAUGAUCUGGGGGCCGGGUCCGACGUCGGCUGUGCUGCAUUAACAGAAACGCCCGCGUUAGCCCCAGGGGAGAGUUCGUUGGGCGCCGCCGAGGAGCGGUUCCACGUGCGAUCGGUGAACGAAGCCUUAGCUGUGGUCACGCCCAUGCUCGUCGACUCGGAAGUUGCGAGCGUGGCGAAGGCUCGUGGUUUAUUACGGUUGGAGGGGUUAUUAGGAUUGCCUCGGCUAAGGGACCACGCGGCUUUAUUACGGCCGGCCUCGAAGGCCGCGUUACUCUAUGUGGCUCUAGCGAGGCGACCGGCGCAGCGCCUGAACCUCGUGACGUCCCGCAAGAGGGCCUGGGAGGACUGCGAAGCUCUAUUGGAGAAGCACGCCGGCGCGCUGCAGGAAGCUUCUUCACAGGUUCUGUCCGAUGACGCAUUUGCCCUCGAGGAGGAGUCGGACGACGAGAGUGUUUCGUUAGAAGACGAGGACGACCCUCCCAUUAAAGGAGAAGCUUCAUUUGUCGUGUGUCCCUACUACCGGGUGCCCUUCGGCCAAAAGUAUGUCGAGGGUAGCGCAGUCGAGGAGGGCGAAGGCCUAGGCCCGCGCAAGGAACUCUUUGCUUUAUUAGGUGGUGCCGUCACUAGAUCCUGGACGCCUGUUAUUGGUGAUCCGUUGCGCGUCGAAGCAAGUGAAGGUGCUCGCUCAUUACGAGUUACUUGUGACGAAGCGAACCCCCAAGUUGUGAAAUCAGGGGACUGUCUCGCGGUGGACUUUGAAGGCGACACGUUAGAACUACAAGUGGAGAAGGUCUCUGAUAACGUGGUGAGGGUGUCGACGAACGCGCCCGCCGUGCGCGUCCUCGCGAAGAGGUAUGGUGAUAGUGAAGACGCAGAAACCAAGUUGUUGGAAGCGUUAACCGGGUCGGUCUGCGAGGCUAGACGCUCAGCAGCACCUCUACUAGCCCAUCGGAAGGAUUUGGAAGCUCUAUGGCCGAAUCCGGCCUUGCCUAGGACCGCCGAGAACGCCAAACGGUUAGCCACAUUAGGCUUGUUGAUCGGUUCGGCGGUCCCGAACCAGUGCCAGCUGCCCCUAGAUCUGCCUCCGCUCUUCUUUGAAGUGCUCGGCGUCGCAGAGGACGCACCGAAUGAUACAGCUACUCAUUUAGUAGACCAUUUCCUCGCCAAGAGGGGCGACGCGGGCCUAAGGGCCCUGGACGCGUCCUACGACGACGCCUUGCGAGGGCUCCGAGCCUUGGAUGCGACGGGCAUUCAGAGUGUCGCGGACAUGGAAGGGAUCACGCUAUCGAGUCAGGAUCAUGCCUUGGAGGUCGCGAGGAAAGCUUCACUGGAAAGAUGUCGUGAAUUGGAGUGGCAGCUGCGCGCGCUGAGGCGAGGUUUCGAGCGCGCCAUGCCGAAGAAGGUGCGGAGGGCGGUGCGGCCGUCGGCGCGGGAUUUGCAGCGCGUGGCGUGCGGUGCUCCUGAAGUUCGGGGAGAUUUCCGAUUCCGAGACGUGUUUCGGGUGGUCAUGGAUGCUGAAUUAAGGGAUUGCCGGCCUUUGCAUGACGCGCUCUGGGCGGUGGUCGAUGGGGAGGACGACGCGCUCAACGACCUCGAGCUGAAGAAGAUCGAUGACCUGACCGGUGAAGAGGCACCGCGGCGUUGUGAGCCAUUAACACCCGCGCAAAGAAGGAAAUUACUUGUCUUUGUGACCGGGGUGUCUCGGUUACCGGCGAGGCACGCGGAGUUUUUGACGGUGGAGUUACCCUUUUUACCGUUCGGCGUCGACGAGCAACGGAGGAUGCUGGCCAUGGUGCCCCAGUCGCAUACGUGUGACAACAUCCUGGAGCUGCCGAACUACUGGGAAGCUUUGUUAAAAACUAAAACAGAUGAAGCCAGGCCACCUAGGAGGGGCUCGCGCGAGUGCAACGCCCUCGAGAGGGAACUGCGAAGAAUUGUGAGGGAGAAGCUGCUCGUGGCUUUGGAUAACGCCGUCGGCUACGGCUUGGACGCUUUAGAACCUCACGUGACGCACGCCCUAGCUUGCGCGGCGGCCGAGGACGACGCGGCCGCCGCGGCGCUGCUCGCCUCGUCGCGGGCGAUGCGCGACGCGCGGGCGUCGGACGACGCGCAGUACGACCCCUUCGACGACGAGGAGUCGAUUCCGUCCCUACCGGAGCUCAAGGAGGACGACGACGACCCGAUCCCCAUGCUGCAGGAGGCCACCGCCGCGACGACGAGGCCGUCCCUGCAGUCGGACGACGACAUUCCGGAUUUACUCGAUGCGCCGAAGCAGGAGGACAAUUCCGUGGACCUGGAGAUCCUCCACGCCUUGGCGGCGUCACCCAUUCGCGACGCUAGACCCGCGUCGCCCGACGCUGAACUGUCAGUGGGUGAUUUAGGAGGAGGCGACGACGACCUCGCGGAGGAGGAGCUGGGCGUGACCUUCAAGCCCGUGGAACAGGACCUGCGGGAGAGCCCGGCGCGGCCCAAAGGUCAAAACGAGGACGUGCUCGACGAGGAGGUCUCGGACGACGACGCCGUCGCGCCGUCCCGGCGCAACUCGCUCUCGUCCGCGGGGCGGCCGGCGACGCCCGAGCCCGUCGAUCAGCCGACGACGCCGGCCGCCGCGGACGACUUCUCCGACGUCGAGGAGCUCGAGACCGCGCAAUUGCCGAAGACUCCCGCGGCGGAGGAUUUGUCCGACGCGGAGGAGCUCGAACCGUCCAAGCCGGCGUCGGAGUUCGCCGUGGGCGCGCGCGUCGAGGCCCGCUUCGAGGGCGGCGACAAGUGGUACCCUGGGAAAGUUUUUUCGGUGCACGACGACGGCCAUUACGUUAUUCACUACGACGACGGCGACGAGGAAGACCGGGUGCCGGCCGCGUUCGUGCGCAAGGCCGAGCCUGUCGCGGAGGAACCCGCCGCCGCUGCCGCGGGCGAUGACGACGGCGACGACUUCCUCGCCGGCAUCGAGGACGAACUGGGCCUAAACACGACAGCCCAGAAGUCCGAAACGCCGGCGGACGAGCCCUCACAGCCCGCGAAUCCGUCGUCGGACGACGACCUGAGCGACGUCCUCGCCGGCUUGGACGACGACCUUCCCGGUCUUGACCUCGAGAAGCCGGUGGAGGCGCCGCGGGAACCCGAGCCCACUCCGGCACCGGAGCCAGAGCGGUUGGCUGAGGCCGCCCCCGAGACGCCAGCUGCGGAGCUCUCCGACGCAGAAGAACCCAAGCAACCAGACCCCGAAACACCGGAGCUACCGACCGAGGAGGCGCCUACGUUCGCGCAACCGCCGACGACGCCCGCGGCGGCGAGCGACUUGUCGGAUGUCGAAGAACUUGAGCCCUUCAAGCCAAAGACGCCUGCGGCAGCGGACGACCUCUCGGACGUAGAGGAGCUCGAGCCCGAGCCCGCCAAGCCUGCUCCCGCCAAGCCGGCAACUCCCCCCGCAACGGAGACGUUCGCGAUCGGGGCCCGCAUCGAGGCAAGGUUUAAUGGCUCUGACGCCUGGUACCCCGGGAAAGUCUUCACAGCACACCCCGACGGCACCUACUAUAUCAGAUUUGACGAUGGAGAUGAGCAGGACAACGUGCCCGCAGCGGACGUGCGAAAGGCCGAUGAGCCUGCCGCGGAGGAGCCCGCGGGCGACAUCCUCGCCGAUCUGGAAGAGGAUCUGCCCGGCCUCGACCUCGAGAAGCCGGCGGAGCCAGAGGAGCCGGCCAAGCCGCCGGCCACGGCGGCGGAGCCGGCGUUCGCCAUCGGCGCUCGCGUCGAGGCAAGGUAUAAUGGCGGCGAGUCCUGGUACCCGGGCAAAAUAUUCACCGUGCACCCCGACGGCACUCAUUUCAUCAAGUAUGAUGACGGGGACACUGAGGACAACGUGCCCGCGGCCUACAUACGACCGGAGCCCGCGGCCGAGCCGGAGCCCGCCGAGGAGCCCAAGCCCGCCAAGCAGAUGGGCAGUAUGCUGGCCGACGUCGAGUCGGACUCCAGCGACGGCGAGGUGUCGCUGCGGCAGGUCACGCCCCCGGCCGAGGAGCCCGCCGCCGCGCAGCCUGAACAGGAAGAGGACAUCCUCGCCGGCCUCGGCGACCUGGGUUUGGACUCGGCGUCCGUCGCGGAGCCUCCGAAGGCGGCAGACAAGCCAACGGACGAGUUCGACUACGACGAGCUCGAAGCUGACCUUUUCGGAGGAAGCGACGACGCUGUGAAGCCCGGGACGGCCGGCACGCGCCCGACAACCGUGGACAGCCGGGAUUACGACGACUCGCGGCCGAGCACCUACGACUCGCGGAGCUACUCCAACCGCGCCGGCACGGCGGGCACGGACGGGUACUCCUACUCGAACUACGACUCGCGGCCGGAGACGCGCGAGCCCGCUGAUUCCAAACCCGGGACCGCCGGCACGGCGGGCGGCUACUUCGACUCACGGCCCCAGACGGAGGGGACCGACUACAACUUCGACGACGACUUUUCGGACUUCGAAAUUUAAGACUGUUAACCUAUAA